UAUUUCUAUCUGAUCAAAUCUGUUUUACCCAAACGAGUGGUGUGCUUCUGUAAUAUUCUGCGAGUUGAAUGGUUAGUUUUGGAAAACGAAAAAUAAGCUGCGAGGCAUUCGGAUUUAGGGUUUGCAAGAGUACCCCAGUAUAUAUAUUCACCUCCCAUACGCGCUUUCACUCUUUUGGUCCAUUUUUAUUAUCUCCAUUGUUGAGUAGCCGAAAAACUCGAGAUACUGCAAAACAUGGUGCAGAGACUUACAUAUCGAAAGCGGCACAGUUAUGCCACCAAAUCCAAUCAACACAGGGUUGUCAAAACUCCUGGUGGAAAGUUAAUUUACCAAGCCACCAAGAAGAGAGCCAGUGGCCCUAAAUGCCCAGUUACUGGCAAGAGAAUCCAAGGGAUUCCACACUUGAGACCUGCUGAAUACAAGAGAUCCAGAUUGCCAAGAAACCGCAGGACUGUGAAUCGUGCUUACGGAGGUGUGCUGUCUGGAAGUGCUGUAAGGGAGAGAAUCAUCCGGGCUUUCUUGGUUGAAGAACAAAAAAUUGUGAAGAAGGUGUUGAAGAUUCAGAAGGCAAAGGAAAAACUAGCUUCAAAGAGCUGAGGGGUAGGGACGCUGAAGUCUCUGUCAAGUCUAUUGUGUUUUCAGAUAACUUAGCUUUGAUGACGAUGAAUAUAUGUGAAAGAACCUGUCGAAAUGCAACUGCGAUUAGAAUUUAAGCUCUAGUAUGGUUUUGUAAACUCCUUUUGGAACUAUUGCCACCUGAUUGGAGGAGGUUUUUCCUCUUUCCAUUUCAAUGAUAUUUUAACGCAUGAUAACUAA